AAAGUUCCUUUUUCUCUUUAACAUCCCUCCAUCUUUCAGGUUUUUAACUUUUUUCAAUCACUUAUUCCAUGGCAGCAGCUUCCCUCUUUUCUCACUCAAUCUCCCUCUUUCUUCCUAGCUUCCCUUAGCCUUUUAUAUAUAUAUAUAUAUAUAUAUUCAUCUCUUUCUGUUACUUCCUCUCUAUAAGUCUUUUAGUCUUGCUUUUCUCUGUAAGGUGCUUUGAAUUUAGAGGGUUUUGGGUUUUAGCUAUUUGUGGAAUGGAGAGCAAUUCUGGUAUUGGUAAGGAAGAAGAUCAGAUGGAUUUGCCACCAGGCUUCAGAUUUCACCCCACUGAUGAAGAGCUCAUCAGUCAUUAUUUGUACAACAGAGUUAUUGAUGCCAAUUUCUCAGCUAGAGCUAUUGGAGAUGUGGAUUUGAACAAGUCUGAACCUUGGGAAUUGCCUUGGAAAGCGAAGAUGGGAGAGAAAGAGUGGUACUUUUUCUGUAUGAGGGAUAGAAAAUACCCAACUGGGUUGAGGACUAACCGGGCCACCGUUUCCGGCUACUGGAAAGCCACCGGAAAAGAUAAAGAGAUUCACAGAGGAAAAUCACUUGUGGGCAUGAAGAAAACUCUUGUUUUCUACAAAGGAAGAGCCCCAAAAGGAGCAAAAACCAACUGGGUCAUGCAUGAAUAUAGAUUGGAUGGCAAAUUCUCAGUCCAUAAUCUUCCCAAAACCGCUAAGAAUGAAUGGGUGAUUUCAAGGGUGUUUCAGAAGAAUUCAGGUGGGAAGAAGAUUCAUAUUUCAGGGCUAGUGCGAUUGGCCUCUUUUGGCAAUAAUGAAUUGGGCCCUUCUGGUUUACCUCCAUUAAUGGAUUCUUCUCCUUCUGAUAACAAUGGCAGCAAGUCCAUUAAACCUAUUACUGAUUCAUCUUACGUGCCCUGCUUCUCCAACUCAAACUCCAUUGACGUUCAAAGAGCACAACAAAGCUCCAUCGAUUGCUUCAACGUCAACCAUCCCCCACAUUUCCCACUUCCAAAUUCCUUCUAUUCCCCUUUACCCCUCCCAAUUUCAUCAAAUUUCCAAUUUCCAGGGCCCCUUCUUAUGCAAGACCACUCAAUCCUGAGAACGUUAUUCGAAAACCAAACAUCAAACAUGAGCCAGAGCUUCAAAACAGAGAGGGAAAUGGUCAGCCUUUCACAAGACACAGGCCUCACCGGAGACAUGAACCCAGAAAUCUCCUCCGUCAAUCUGGAAAUGGUGAAGAAUCAAUUCGACGAUCAAGAUCAGACCGGAAAUGUGGACCUUGAUAAUUUUUGGAUUUAUUGAAAUUAGAAGAUGAAAUGAAAUUAUUAUUAUUAUUAGAAAUGAAGAAGAAAAUAAACUUUAUUAUUAUGGGUGUGGGUUUGUCUUACAGAUUUUGUUGAAUCUACCAUGAAAGGCAGGCAGAAGAGGAAGCAUAUAAUUAUUGUUAAUAUUAUGAUUAUGUAUUUGUUUAAGAAAUUAAAUGAAAUUAUUAGUUGUAUUUUGUUGUUAA